GUUAUAUUGUCUACUUAUCGACGUGCUCGGACAGUAGUUGUCCACUGCCAAAAUGACCACUCUCCACUCCUACUACCCCCUGGGCGUCGAAAUCCCCCAUUACAUUGCCAAUGAACUCAGUACUCCUACUCUGCUCGCCAUAUUUGGAACGGCCUGUACAAUAGUGUUCUCUGUGACUACCUCUCUCGCCAAAAAAGCCAACUCGCAGAUCUCAAAUUCUGAGCUCUACAAGACUCUCUGGUUUGCCCUGUGCGGCUCUAUUCAUCUUGUCCUAGAAGGCUACUACGCCCUCAACUUCCUCACUCUCGCCUCGUCCAGCCACCCGCUCGCUCAGCUCUGGAAGGAAUACGCCCUGUCGGACUCUCGCUAUCUCACCCCGAACUCUUUCGUGAUGUGCAUGGAGUCCAUCACCGCAUUGUUCUGGGGCCCUCUUUCUUUCCUCCUAGCUGGAUUUAUAGCGACCAACCAUCCGCUUCGGCAUCCGCUGCAGAUUAUCAUCUCGCUAGGCCAGCUCUACGGCGACGUGCUAUACUACGGGACUUGUGCGUUUGAGUUCCUAGUCAACGGAUUGGAGUUUUCCCGACCGGAGAGGUACUACUUCUGGGGAUAUUUCAUGCUUCUAAAUAUGUUUUGGAUUGUUAUCCCGCUUGAAGUCUUUUAUUUUAAACUCGCAGUGCUCGCUCAGUUGGAUGGCAAGCCGGAGCCUCCGCUCGCUGGGCAUGGCAUUGCCAGGGAGUCUGUUUUGUCUACGCUUUUGACCCCAGCUUAUAUGUCAGUUUGGUAUACGGCGCUCAGGGACGUUGCUGUUUGCUUUGAAUCCGCGCCGCCUAUCUGA